UAUGUUUUGAGAUAUUUCAUAGUAACCAAACAGAGAAAGGUAGAAAAAGAAAAGUCAACAAAUGACAGAACCUAAUGGCCCUAAAGCGGCUGCUUUUGACAAAUUUCGGCCUAAAAUCAAGUCAUUUAAGUCAAUAGUUUUUAUAGAAGUUUUUAACAAACUUUUCUAUUGGUAACUAUUGAUAGCUCAGUAACAGUUUCUUUAAUGAUUGCGUUUCUGACUCUGAUUUGCUUGGUCAAACAAAUUCAUGUGGAUGUGGCCAUAAUUUGCAGAAAAGAUUCCCUCAUUUACUGUGAUUUUGGUUGAAUUGUUGGGAUUUUGAGGCUGCUGCGAAAAUGGGCAAGAAAAUGAACCUCUUGUUCAUUUUCUUGGUGGGGGCAAUUUUCUCAUCCAUCUUUGCUGACCCAGUUGAGGAUAAACAAACAUUACUAGAUUUCUUUGAAAAUAUUCAUCAUUCACCAUCUCUCAACUGGAGCAAGGAAACCUCUGUAUGCAACAGCUGGACAGGAGUGACAUGCAAUAGUGACCAUUCAAGAGUUAUAGCCCUGCGUUUGUCUGGAAUGGGACUUCGUGGCACUAUUCCAUCUGACACUCUCAGUCGUUUAUCAGCUCUUCAGAUUUUAAGUCUUGAUUCAAAUGCAAUUUCGAGCUCAUUCCCUUCUGAUUUUGGUGAACUCAAGAACUUGACCAUCCUUGAUCUUCACUUUAACACUUUUUUUGGCCCGUUGCCUGAUUUCUCGGUUUGGAACAAUCUUACCAUCGUUAAUCUUUCAAACAAUAGCUUCAAUGGAAGCAUUCCUCUUUCGGUAUCAAAAUUAACUCACCUCACAGCUUUGAAUCUGUCAAAUAACUCACUUUCAGGUGAUAUUCCUGAUCUCAAUAUCCCUAGUUUGCAACAGCUUGAUUUAUCCCAUAAUAAUCUCACAGGAAUUGUUCCUAAGUCCCUUGAACGAUUUCCAGGUUGGGCUUUUUUUGGUAAUAAUCUUUCAUCAGAAAAUGCCCUUCCUCCUGCUCGUCCAGGCCAGUCUCCCAAUGCUCAACCAUCAAAGAAAGCCAAAAAACUUAGUCAAUCUGCACUCUUGGGGAUUGUAAUUGGUGGCUGCGUUGUGCUGUUCGUGCUAAUUGCCCUUUUGGUGAUCUGCUGUCAGUCUAAGAGACAAAAGGAACCAGGAAUUCCAGCAAAGUCCCAAAGAAAAGAGGUCUCUUCGAAGAAAAAGGCUUCUGAGAAUCAUGAUAAGAAUAACGGGCUUGUCUUCUUCGAGGGUUGUAAUCUUGCAUUUGACUUGGAGGACUUGUUGAGAGCAUCUGCCGAGGUGCUUGGGAAGGGUACAUUUGGAGUAACGUACAAAGCAGCCUUGGAGGAUGCAACCACAGUGGCAGUGAAGAGGUUGAAGGAGGUAACCUCAGCAAAACGAGAGUUUGAGCAACAGAUGGAGGUGAUUGGGGUUAUCAGGCAUGAGAAUGUCUCUGCGCUUAGGGCAUAUUAUUAUUCAAAGGAUGAGAAGCUUGUGGUUCAUGAUUACUAUGACCUGGGAAGCGUGUCUGCUCUGCUACAUGGUAAAAGAGGUGAAGGCUGGAGACCUCCGGACUGGGAAACUAGGCUUAAAAUUGCAAUUGGUGCUGCAAGAGGCAUUGCUCAUAUCCACUCACAAAACAGUGGCAAAAUCGUUCAUGGAAACAUAAAAGCAUCCAACAUUUUCCUUAACUCUGAAGGAUAUGGGUGUAUCUCAGAUAUUGGUUUGGCCGCAGUGAUGAGCCCAAUGCCUCCACAUGUAAUGCAGGCAGCAGGUUAUCGUGCACCAGAAAUUGCAGACACUAGGAAAGCAACUCAAGCAUCUGAUGUAUACAGUUUUGGGGUCUUGUUACUUGAGCUCUUGACUGGAAAAUCACCAAUACAUGCCAUUGGUGGCGAGGAGAUCGUUUACUUGGUGAGAUGGGUGCAUUCUGUAGUUAGAGAAGAGUGGACUGCAGAAGUGUUUGCUGUAGAACUUUUACGCUAUCCCAAUAUAGAGGAGGAAAUGGUGGAGAUGCUACAAAUUGGGAUGAGUUGUGUGGUGAGAAUGCCAGAGCAGAGACCAAAAAUGUCUGAACUAGUGAAACUGGUGGAGGAAAUUUGGCGAGCACAUCCUGGAAACCAACCAUCCUCUGAAACCUCAGCUUCAAUCCCAAUCCCACAUGCGGCCGAAGCAGCGUCCUCCUCAUCUGUUCCAGAGUGAGAUUCUUGUCUUAUGAAUUACUAAUAGUUUUUAAAAAUUUUAUAAUUUCUUAUGGAACAGGCAAAGGGGUGGUUUUUGAUUAUUUAAGUUGUUUAUGUACCAUAUACCUCUGUGAUAAAAUUUCGUGUCAUAAUUAAUUUAGCUACCCUGAUCUAGCAAUGUUCAAAGUCAACAUGGGUCCUUGGCUAUCGUAUCAUUUAAAUAGUCAGGACUCGUGAAUUAACUGUUAAAGCAUGUGGGCUUUAAUUUUUUUGCUCAAUGAAGUUUA